AUGAAGUUCGCUGUUGACCUGCUUACUGCCGGUCGUUAUCUUUGGCGAAAACUGCCGCCAAAUCGUGCAAUAUUUACGCAACGAAAGCAUGGCUUUCAGAACGCCGGACAGCAAAGCCUUUCUUUUCGACGAUUUUCAACAUCUAACCGACACUUUGGGUCUGAAAAAGUGGCCAUAUUGUUCGAUUUGUUCAAAGACAACCAAGGAACGGUUCCAGUAGACGUUUUCCUUCAAGAUCUUCAGUCUACUGGUUUUAAAAAAAGCGACCCUCGCUUUAAAAAGAUGAUUGACAAUUUGCAUUCACUCUCUCGUGAGCUCGGCGAAACCUCCAUUGACAGGCUAACACUCAAUGAAGAACAGUUUGAGAAAGUGAUUAAAGAUAGUGUUAUCAUCAUCAGUCAAGCCCUGCAAAACUCUGACAUUGUGAUUCCCGACUUUCCCGAAUUUUGUAAAUACGUUGAAAAUUUUUACUUUAAAUGCAAAGCCAACACUUCAGGGAAGCCGGCAGAGUACAUUCCUCAGCUGGCCAAAGUAAAUCCAGAAUACUGGGGAGUUAGUCUGUGUACGGUGGACGGUCAGCGUUUCUCAAUUGGAGAUACCAAAGUCCCAUUUACUAUUCAGUCUACUGGCAAGCCAAUUAACUAUGCAAUCGCACUAAGCGAACUUGGCUCGGAGGUGGUCCACAAAUAUGUUGGACAGGAGCCAAGCGGUCGUAUGUUCAAUGAGCUUGUGCUUGAUCAGUACAACAAGCCUCACAACCCUAUGGUGAAUGCCGGUGCAAUUGUGAUUUGCUCUUUGCUGAUUAACUUGAUUGAGCCCAACUUGGCAGUCUCAGAGAAGUUUGAAUGGGUGUGCAACUACUAUAAGCGAAUGUCCGGCAGCGAAUACUUGGGCUUCAAUAACGCUACAUUCUUGUCCGAAAAAGAGGCGGCUGAUCGAAACUACGCUAUUGCUUAUUACCUGAAGGAGUACAAGUGCUUUCCCAAAAAUGCCGUCCUCAAGGAUACGAUGGACUUUUACUUUCAGCUGUGUUCCUUGGAAGUCAACUGCGAAACAGUGAGCUCAAUUGCAGCUACUCUGGCCAACGGAGGCAUUUGUCCGCUGACUAACAAUCAAGUGAUCACUUCAUCCUCUGUCCGAGACGUUCUCUCCUUGAUGCAUUCCUGUGGCAUGUACGACUUUUCUGGCCAGUUUGCAUUUAACGUUGGCUUACCUACUAAAUCAGGAGUGUCUGGUUCGUUGAUGGUAGUCAUUCCAAAUGUGAUGGGCAUCUGCUGCUGGUCCCCUAAUCUGGACAUGUACGGCAACUCUGUUCGAGGAGUGCAAUUUUGCGAAGAGCUGGUGUCGGUGUUUAACUUUCACCAGUACGACAACUUACGACACAGUCCUCACAAAACCGACCCGAGGAAACGCAAAGCCACUGCUAAAGCCAGUGAAAUGAGUAGCGUUCUUUUUGCCGCCACUAACGGCGAUAUCAAGGAAAUCAGACGAUUCUACCUGUCGGGAAUGAACAUGAACCGGAAGGACUACGAUGGACGAACAGUUUUGCAUAUUGCCGCAUCUGAAGGACACCUGAACGUCGUUUGUUUCUUAGUCAAUGUGUGCAAAGUGGACAAGACAAUCAAGGACAGAUGGAACAACACGGCACUGGACAAUGCACUUCAAUUCGGACACCAAGAUGUGGUUGAUUUUUUGAGUUCCAAUUAA